UUUUGGGGCUAAAUAAUUUGGCGCGAAGUUGUCCUUUUUGUAGCAGGUGGCUUAGCAGUUGUGGAUGUUUAUUGAAAUGUAUAACAAGGUGUUUUGGGAAAGUUUUGUGUAUGUUGUUGUUGGUACUGAGUGGCCCGGCCAUUGUCAGUACUCUGACGCAUCUCCGUCGGUUUCUGAUAUUCCUUCUGCGGGGAAAAGGGGCUUUGCGGCAGUAGGGCUGUGAGAGGUCUGCUGUCACUUUCGGCUGACAUGUGAGAGUGCGAUGGUGCAGAAUCAUCUGCGCUCUAUAGAUUUUACAAAAAAAUAUCUUAGUUUCUUGCAGUUUUCUUGAUUAGUUCGGCUUGUUCGCGCAGCCAUGAAUGCGUGCCAGAGCGCGUUAUGUUGUGACUGAUCUGUUUAUCCCAACAUAUGAGAUGCGCAUAAAAUGUUAUAUGAAUGCUUGACUGGCACUGCCGCCUGCAUCACCGCGCUUUGAUGAAUGCCCUAAGUUUGUGGACGUCUGGUACUUUUUUCUUUCUGUAAGGUGUUUAACUUCUCGCAAAGAUGUCUGUCUGUUUUUGGGGGAAUGUGUUUGACUCGUCUUUGGGUAUGAAGCUACACGUUCAAGAGACAUUGACUACUGUUGGGGAAACACUGCGCUAGCCGGGGAUGCAAUGUUAAGGCUGCAGAUCGCUCGUAACUGCGUUACGGCCCUUUCAGCCUUAACGGACUUAAGCCGUUUAUCGACUGGUAUAUUUCCACUCAGUCAUAUGUCUGUGGGUUCUGAGGUGUCGAGACAAAAAAAUGUACGAAAUGUGUUAUGGUUAGACAGCGGUAACCAAUGGCUAUAUUUCUGUCACUUGUAAUGUAUCAAACGUUAUUUCUAGUAUACGAUAAAUAGGCGCAUCAGAAUUACGUGCAGAAAAGUUUGCGUGUGGCUAAUUACAUUAACGGUGCGUCCGUUUUAGGCGACUGGCAAUGCUUCAAAAUAUCAGUUGGCGUUUUAACUAAUAAAAUGUUGGGGUUUGUGUUCUGUAUAGUCUUCAAUGUACUUUCGCAUCGUCUUUGGUAUUAGUUCAGUACCCAGGCGAGACGGAGCUGUACACACUUGAUGGAGAGCACCGUAUUGCUCUUCAGUGUGUGCGUGAUGUUGGAUAAAUGCCUACACGCUAUUUCUGGAAGCCAGCUACCAGGUUUCAGACGUCAGUUAGAUGGGGAUCAUUUUCAAUUUACUCCAAACGUGAACUUCAAGACCAUUUUUCCCUCCCCAGGAGCCCAAUGAGAAACUAUACUUUCGCUGCAAGAACUAUAUCGCUCUUAAUGACAAAAAUCAGUACCGCAUUUAGGUGCGUUUCCCCAGUGUGGUAUAGAAACUUAGAAUUUGACCAAAAUGACUUUCCCGUAAUAGAGACGGACAGACGUCAUGGAUUAUUUAUUUGACAGUAUACGAAUAAAAGCCGUAGAUUUUUUUUUUCUUAAUUGUAAAACAUCUGUAGUCGUGGGCAUCACUAGUGGAAAUUACGAUUGAAAUUUAUAUUUGGAUAGCUUCAAGUAUGGUAUAGGACAGAUAAUUAUAUCAAAAGAAUAGAAUCUCUGGUGACUAAUCCCAGUACAGACUAGUAAAUGUGUCCAAAACCCGUUUGAAACCAGAUGAAAAUUCCGCAGGAAUUUCCGCAAGGGAGUGUUUUUGUUUUGUAGUAAUUGUCAGCUAUUUUAGUUUGUUAUAUUCUUUAAAAAUGCGCAGGAUAAUCGGAUACAAGAUGCAUUGGGUAUUAAAUUUCUCCAGCAUUUACUCCAUGUUAAAAAUAACACUUGCAGGUACAAGCACCGGGAAGUCCAAGUGUAGAUGCCUCUUAAAAGUUGUUUUCGAUACAUUAAUUAGGUUACACUUGACGUGUCACACAGGUUGUGUCAGUGGAUUUUAUGCGUGUUUUAAAUAUUAAGUUCAACACUGUUUGAAAUAAAUAGGUGUGUGUGUGUGUGUGUGUGUGUGAGAGAGAGAGAGAGAGACCUUACACUUAACACUAUAUAAAUUGUUUUUGAUUUUGGAAUCGCAGACUUUCAUACCGUUAUUUGUCUUGUAUUGCAUUCUGACUUAUGACGGAAUACAAAGUCUUUAUUGCCAUCUAGUGUCAGUCUAUACUUUGCAGUCCAUUGGUGUAGGACACCUUACAGAAACUUUAGUAUAAAAGCACAUUUUCGAUAUUUGUUUUUUUUUUUUUUUUUGGGGGGGGGGGGGUCGGUAGGAAACGGAAGAUUCGGCGAUAAGUUAAAUCACCGCAGCGAAUUCUACUUCUCUGUAUGUAAAUAGUGACGGUCCUGUACCCAAAGUCCUAAUCUUGCACCGAAUAUAGAUUUGACAGUAAUGCGUUAUGGUUAGAAUAACAGCAGCAAGUUCCAAAAUGUUACUGAUAAGUCUAUUAAAGCCAGUUUUUUAUAGUCAAGUUGUUAAAGCGAUCGUAUUUACCGAAAUGAUACUCAAUGAUCAUCCAAUCUGGAAUUUGAACGUUAGCAUGUAGAUAUACCACAAUCGAGAACCGGGUUACCUGCUUAACAGCCGCUUCUUCUGUACAAACUUUCAUUUGUUCAUCAAAUUUCCACCUAAAAUUUACUCGUACGUAAUCUUCCCCUAAUUAAAAUAGCCAUGCUAUGGGCGUAAUCUAUUAGCGUUUAUUUCCAUAAGUCGCGCUUCUCCAAAUAAAAAUAAAUAACUGGUGCGUACGCAGGUCAUCUACUUUUCUCAAUACCGAUAACUACUUGAACACCAAGCGGACGCGGGCCAUUGACUGUCAGAUCUUGAGAAAAUGGCGUGUGCAGCAGACAGCUGCAUUCAGUUCACCCGGCACGCGAGCGACGUCCUGCUCAACUUCAACCGGCUACGCAGCCGCAACAUUCUCACCGACGUCACCAUCCUGGUCAACAGACAGCAGUUCCGCGCCCAUAAGACGGUUCUCAUGGCAUGCAGCCGGCUGUUUUACACUAUAUUCACGGACUCCGUCAAAUGUAACCUGAGUGCCAUAAGCCUGGACCCAAAGGUGGACCCAGAAGGCUUUGCCAUUCUACUGGAGUUUAUGUACACAUCAUGUCUGUCACUGAAGGACAGUCUGAUUGUGGCCACUUUGAACACUGCCAUCUACCUGCAGAUGGACCAUGUUGUAGACACCUGCCACAGAUUCAUCAAAUCCAGGGACUCCUCUGCCAAGAUGUCCAGGGAAGACAUUCUGGCCAGUCCCCUGCUGUUAUCUCAGGACGUACACGCCUACAGGGCUCACGAAGAGCAAAAUUUACCGAGCCGCAUCGCCCCCUUCAGGGAUGGGAGGCCCUACUGUCCAAGCAUGUUUGGCAGCGUGAACACGCCCAGCAGCUCCUACCAUCUCUACGGCCAUCUUCCCGUCCAGGGCUUCUCCUUCCCAUUAGGGAAGCUACCAGACACCAAAAGCUCCUUCCCGGACUUUCCAAAAGGGGGCGCCUUUCACCAGAAGCUCUCCUCGCCGUCUGACUGCGCCAGUGUGGGAGUUGACUACCGCGCCAUCACCACCGCUGCCCCUAGCGUCAGUCAUCUAACAUUCUACCCCUCACAGGAGGUUACUAGAGAGGAGGAGGCCAGGAAAGAAACACCAGGAGUAGCCCGGUCAUCUAGUAUGAGUUUAGGCUUCAAGAGACCGAACUUCCCUGGAUGUCAGGAGACGACUAGAGAGGGGUCCUCUAUGGACCAACAGCAGCAAGAAGAAGAAGAGAUGGAGGAGGGAGAAGAGAGGGAUUUGGGUCACCUACACUACCCACAGAGCCUUCCCACUAGCCGCCGCAAGGUCCCUGUGGGCAGCCCGCAGAGUCCACUAAAGUCCGACUGCCAGCCAAACUCACCCACAGAGUCGAGCAGCAGCAAGAAUGCCGCCCUGAGCCUCGCCCAGGCCCCUGGGUCCCCCACGGCUCCGGGUGCGGCCGACCCCAAGGCCCGCAACUGGAAGAAAUACAAGUACAUCGUCCUCAACUCGGUCAACCAAGCCUCGAAGGAGAGCGGGGACAGUCCCAGGCCGGAGGCCCGCUCGCCUGCGUACCCCCCGACCGGUGAAGCGGAGCACCCGGAUCCACAGGCGAGCAAGGUGACCGAGCAGAGCGAGGAAUCCCCGGCACCACAGGCUAGCCGCCUCAACAGCAUCAUCAACAGGACCCAUGAGGUGGGUCAGAGGGCCGACAGCUGCUCCUCACUCUACCCAGGACACCUGAAAUGCUCCUCUUGUGGCUCCUGCUCCCCUCAGCACCCAGAGGUGUGCACCCACACUCCCGUUUCCAGCUUCGGUGAGGAGACGUCGGAGCUGCACUCCGAGUACUCCGACUCCAGCUGCGAAAACUGCACAUUCUUUUGCAACGAAUGCAACUCUAAAUUCACAGAGGAGGAUUCCCUGAAACGGCACGUUCUCCAGGCGCACAGCGACAAGCCGUACAAGUGCGACCGCUGCCAGGCCGCCUUCCGCUACAAAGGGAACCUCGCCAGUCACAAAACAGUCCACACAGGAGAGAAACCGUACCGCUGCAACAUCUGCGGUGCUCAGUUCAACAGACCAGCCAAUCUGAAGACCCAUACUCGCAUACACUCUGGAGAGAAGCCUUACAAGUGCGAGACAUGCGGAGCCCGCUUUGUCCAGGUCGCCCACCUCCGCGCUCACGUGCUGAUCCACACGGGGGAGAAGCCUUACCCCUGCGAUAUCUGUGGGACGCGUUUCCGACACCUACAGACGCUCAAAAGCCACUUACGCAUUCACACAGGAGAGAAGCCGUACCAUUGUGAGAAGUGCAACUUGCACUUUCGCCACAAGAGUCAACUGAGGUUGCACUUACGGCAAAAGCACGGUGCCAUCACCAACACCAAAGUCCAGUAUCGUAUAUCGACAGCCGAUCUGCCCGGCGACCUUCCCAAAGUCUGCUGAGCAGAGCCUGGGGAGGGAAACCCCAACUUUGAAAUCUGAACCAUGGACUGUUUUGUACACUUGUGAAAUUGUGCCACAAUUUGGGGGGGGGGAGGGGGGGGGGAUGUCCAUCUUGAAUGGGUUUUCUACAAAGGAAUGUAGAACCAAAAAUGGUUUGGUCACGUGCGAAGUGUACUUGUAAAAUGUAUAUUUUGUGUAUAUGACAAAGUUGGGAGUUAUGCGUUUUGGAAAAUAGUCUUAUUUUGAUGUGCGAAUGGUGGGGGAUAUGGAUGAAAUGGAGUCCAGUGAGGAUGAAGCAUUUUUAUAUCAAGACAAGGUUUCUUUCAGAGCUGACUGAAAAAGUGAGAUGUUUGACUGAAGGCCGGUACUUUUACCCCCCUCCCAAGGAAACUUUCAAGCUAAUUUUACACUCUAAGAGACUGACUGGGGGAAGCGUAGUGAAAUUGGGUUUUACGAAUAUAUAUAUAUAUAUAUAUAUAUAUAUAUAUAUAUAUAUAUAUAUAUAUAUAUAUAUAUAUAUAUAUAUAUAUAUAUGCAGUUUUUUAAACCAAUGUCUAUACAGGUACAAGCUAAGGAGCUUCAUGAAUGUGGCAUAACUCAUUCAGAGAUGACUUACAGCUCUGCUGGCAGACUGGCUUCCUGAAAUCUCUUCUGUAAACAGGAAACAUUGUUCGAGCCACUUUCCCCAUGUACAAUUGUGAUGUUUCUUGCCAAGUGAAAAAUUUAGUCGUCAGUUGAAGUCAAGGUAGACAAAGUGUCCGAACUCUCUGUAAAUACACUGUGUGCUGACGGUGCCUUUUCUUCAAAGUAACCAUAGUUAUAUAAAAUUCCAUUCAGUUUAAAACUGCAUUAAGAUGCCCCCCCCCAGCCCAUCCAUCUGCUAAAUGCACAAAUUCAUGAAACUGCUGGAGCUGUACAUUUCCAGGAACUAUGUGGGGAGUGAAUUUUUGUAAACUGCAUUAAGCUUAUUGUAAAAUAGAUGUAUGAAUGUAAAAUAAAACUGAAUUUCUAUGUAA